AUGGAAAGUUUAACAACAAGUUCUUAUUCAACUGAUAUAUCUUCGGAUGUAUCGGAUCCACUUCGAACAACUUUAACAGCAACACGUCAAAUUCCUGCUCAAUCAGUGGUUUUACCGGAAAUGUCUGAUUCCGAUGCAGAACAUUCCAUUUUUACAGAAGUUGCACUACCAAAUUAUGGAAAUGAAAAUAGUGAAAUACGUGGGAGUCGUGCGAUGGUCAGACGUUCCAAAGUAUCACCAGUAUCGGAACAAACAAGUCCUUCAUCAACAUCAUCUCGCGAUCAUUCCGAAAAUAUGGCAUCAAAUCGAACAGGUUUCUUCGAAAUAAUUGGUUUAAAAAAGAAGAAAGAAAAAUCAGUUGAAUCGAAAAAAGAAACAAUAACCUGCAAAGUGAUAUUAAAGAAACGGAAACGUAAAAUUAGUGAAAGCAGUUCGAUUCAUUCCACUGACAAUAAUACACGAAGUGGUAAUUAUCCGGACAUUUGCGAUAAACUUAAUGAAAAGAUGAAACACAGGCGUGAUCAUCCUUUACUUAUCAAGGAACAAGAAAAUAAAAAAUGUUCACGUGAAAAGAAUUCAACAGCAAUCAGCGAAGAAAGUGAUGAUGAUCAUGGACGUUCUAAUAGUGCUCCAAAAAGUAUCUUUUGUCCAGGUUUUAACGGUUCCAAAACAACUGUACAACGGAAUCGUUUUUCAAAUCAAGGAAUAUGUGAUAAUCGAGUAAUUGUUGAUGAGAAUGAAACGAUACGACAUGAAUUGAUAAUGAUCAGAAAUAGAAAUAAUCGAUUGAUUGAACAAUUACGUGAAAAAUCUAUGGAACAUUCUAAAUUAAUAACACAAAUGAGUACUCUUCAAAAGCAGAUUGGAAUACUACGAAAUCGUUGUCGUCUUAAUGAAGCAUUAGAAAAAUUAUCAAUCAAUGAUCGAAUAAUCACAAAAGCAACAGCUAUAAUUGAUAGUGUAGAAGAGAAGUUAAAAAUUUUCGAUAGUAAACUUCAAGCUGUGAAAGCGGAAAUGAUGAAGAAUAGUCAAGCGAUUAUCAAUCAAUCGUUUCGAGAACAAAAUGCUUAUGAGUCAUGUUUAGAGCAUAUUGAAAGAUUACAACAAGAUAACUUCUCCAUGAUACAAGAUAAAGGAUCAAAUAUUGGCAGUCAUGAUCAACGUAUUCGUCAAUUAUUGGAAAUAAUGCCUUCCUAUGAUGCCUUGUACUCGUUUACUGUUAGCAUAGUUCGAAAGUUAGGCCAACUUCGUGCCUCUUACAUCGAAAAGAACAUUUACGCCAAUCGAUCAGAUUUUGAAGUAAUGCAUGCGCAAUCAUCCUUACUUAUAAUUCAUGCUCAGCUGGAACGCUUGAAAUUGCAACUUUAUGAAGCUACAAGACGUCGACCAUCACGACCUAUUUCAUAUCAUGGCGAAGAUUUGUUGCAAAAAGCAAUUAAGCCAGAGAUGAAUUUUCUGUUGCCAUUUAAAUUACACGGAUCACGAAUUCGGAAAUACUAUCGUUCCGAUUCCUGUGCUGUAGAAUCGGAAGUUGAAAAAAAUGAACAAAGCAUUGAAAAUGAAUUUUUGCGACUAUUCGAUUAUGCUAGACGUUUAUCACGAAUAUCCGAAUUUGCGGGAGUAAAUAAAGCUCAUCUCGAACGCGCUGACAUCUCAAAUUCUGGUCCACAUGUUAGAGAUGAUUUGCAGAAUACUACUAUUAUACCAAAACACGGUGCUCCAAUACGACAACAGCUACUUAGAAAUCCUGCUAACAAAAUCUAUAUAUCACAAAGAAAUCACAAAUCAGCUGGACGACCAAUUAGUUUGGUAGAAACAGAAGAUCGAACAUUAGCAACUGGAAAUAUUCCACAUUUUGGUGAUUAUAUUACCAAAAAAAAUGAAAAUAACGUGGGAAACUUAUCUCCCAUAUUGAACUUAAAUCCAUUAAUAAAUUACGAUCAUACACGAUCAAUCGUUUCGUCAUUGCAAGAUGUUCGAAAUAAUGUGAUUCGUAGUCCAUCUUCUACACCUAUUAUGAAACGACGAAUGAAUUUGAAUGAACGACCACGAAUUAUCAGUCAAGGAUCAUUGGAUUCAUUUCGUGGAAAUGAAUUAGCUAAAUAUGAUACUCCGCUCUCUCAUAGUAGUGGCUCAUCUGAUUAUGCUAUUAUCAGUGCCAAACAGUUUUAUAUGGAAAAACGAUCAAUGUUAUCAAAACGAUCAUCAUCAAUCAAUCCAUCCAGACUACCACAUUUGCGCAAAAGUACAAGGCAUGCCAAUUCACCUCCAUUGCUUAGCGAUAGUGAUGGCCAAAAUAUUUCUCAAUUACGAAGUAAUCCUGAAACUAUCGGAGUGACCCGAGAGAAAAAUGCCGGGUCAGCAGUUUUGAAAAAUUUCGAAAAAAGUCGACUUCCGAAAAUAUCAUCUAUUGUAACGGAGAAAAAGAAAUGUACUUCAUGGUUAAGUCGAAUCAAAGCGACUAAAUAA